GAAACUUCAAAAUUCAUCAUAUAAUUUAGAGCAUCUUAUUGGGAAAUAUGUAUUUCUUUAAACUAACGCUUCUGCUAGUCAACACGUUGUCCAUGGUCUCUGCUGUCGACGAAGAAUGUAUAGGCCAACCUCCAUGUUAUUGUUCAACGUUCGUUCUUCGUAACCAGUCUUACUACGAGAUGACGUGUAGUAACGAGGGUCUGCUGAGUAUCCCCAAGUUUGACGAAAUCAAAGUCACAAACGAUGCAUUGGAUAUAGACCUAUCGAAAAACAAUAUCACUGUAAUUGGUGACAGUGCCUUUGCGAACUUUCUCGUAGGUGGCAACACUGAAAUCGAAAUUGAUUUAUCAUCAAAUCGUCUACAGAAUAUAACUGCGGCUGCGUUUGAAGGCAUUGCGAAGAACAUUGUGUAUUUAGACAUAAGUAACAACAAUCUAAGCGCUCUUGCUGGUGGCCUUCUAGAACUCAGUAGCUUACAAACUUUACUUGCGAACGGAAACCCUGUGAAAAUACUGAAUGAUGAUUUGUUUAAGGUAGUAGGUGAGUCACUGACGUAUUUCAGUGUGAAUAUGUCAUUUAUUGUGUUUUGGCCAGAAUCAAUGCAACAUCUUAUGUCUCUAAAGCAGUUGGACCUCUAUGGACUGCGGUAUACGGAUAUUCCAGUUGAUGCGUUUGACGGUUUCAGUGAAAGCCUAUUGAGUUUAUCAUUAAAGAAAUCUUACCUACCAAACAUUCCACAAGCUGUGUGCUCGUUGAAGAACAUGUUUCAACUAGAUUUAGAAGGCAGUUUUAUAAAGAAUACAACCUUCAUAUGUACUUCACCGCUUGUUUCCAUGAUAGAUUUAAACAUGAACGAAUGCACUCUCGACAGGUUUCCAAAUAUGCUUGCAUCUUUCCCUGCUUUGAAAACACUUAAAAUUGCUUUAAAUCAAAUCAAAGACAUCGCGGAAGUCUUCAUUCCGAUGAAUCAUUCGUUGGAGAAUUUAGACAUGUCUUUUAACCGUCUUCAAAGCAUUCCAUACGCUCUCACAAAGUUUCAUUUAAUGGUAGAUCUUGUUCUGAAUUUUAAUAAUAUCAUGUCGGUUCAAAUUGAUGAUUUAAAGAACUUCACUUCAUUGAUAUGGCUAGAACUUAAUUCGAACGGAAUUCUCAAAAUUUCAGACGACGCGUUUCAGAAUAAUAUCAAUCUAGAUGAGAUAAACCUAAGUGCAAACAACUUGACGAAGAUUCCUUCGUCUGUCAAAACCCUUAGCGAACUUAAAUACCUCGAUCUAUCAUUUAAUGACAUAAAAUGUACGUGCUCAAAUUUCCACUUAUUGAAAGGCUGGACAGUUUCAAACGACUUGUCACUCAGUGGAUACUGCAACCAGGAAAAGUCAAGCCUUGAGCUCUACAUUAACGACCGUCUUCCGUACUGCCUGUGAUAACAUAGUUUGAUUUCAUGCCUUUUUAUGGUUUAUUGAAAAAUAAAGGUGGAUUGUAUCCUAAUAAA